GAGCGGCGGCGGCGGCCGUCGCGGUGGGCGCUUCCCUCAGGCGCCAUGGCGUGCUGGGGCCCCAACCGGGCCCGGCUGCUGUGCAUGCUGUCGCUGACCUUCCUGUUCAUGGUGCUGGAGGUGGUGGUGAGCCGGCUGACGGCGUCGCUGGCCAUGCUGUCGGACUCGUUCCACAUGCUGUCGGACGUGCUGGCCCUGGUGGUGGCCCUGGUGGCGGAGCGCUUCGCCCGGAGGACCCAGGCCACGCAGAAGAACACCUUCGGCUGGAUCCGGGCCGAGGUGAUGGGGGCCCUGGUGAACGCCAUCUUCCUCACCGGCCUCUGCUUCGCCAUCCUGCUGGAGGCCAUCGAGCGGUUCAUCGAGCCGCACGAGAUGCAGAAGCCGCUGGUGGUGCUGGGGGUCGGCGUGGCCGGGCUGGUGGUCAACCUGCUGGGGCUCUGCCUCUUCCACCACCACAGCGGCCUGGGGCACCACGGGGGGCACGGGCACCGCGGGGGGCACCACGGGGGGCACGGCGUCGCCGCCAAGGAUCGCCCCGACCCCGACCCGGAGGAGACCAACAUCCUGGUGGGCGGCCGCGGCAGCUCCAACGGGCUCAAGCCGGACCGGCCAGGAAACACAGCAAAAGAAAGCACAGUGGACGUGCAAGUGAACGGGAACCUUAUUAAUGAUGACUCUUCUGAAAAAAUUGAUGCAGAAGAUACUAGUGCACAACUUAACAUGAGAGGAGUGUUCCUUCAUGUCUUUGGAGAUGCUUUGGGUUCAGUGAUUGUGGUAAUCAAUGCUUUGGUCUUUUACUUUUCUUGGAGAGCAUGUCCGGAGGGAGUGUUUUGUGAAAACCCAUGCAUUGACAGCCCUUGCCAGAUGUUUGUAGGUUCAAAUAAUUCUUCUGUACUUGAGGCUGGUCCCUGCUGGGUGCUCUAUUUAGAUCCAACUCUUUGCCUCGUAAUGAUUGGUAUACUUCUUUAUACAACUUAUCCAUUACUUAAGGAGUCUGCCCUUAUUCUUUUGCAAACUGUUCCUAAACAAAUAAAUAUCAGAAAUUUGAAAAAGCACCUUCGAGAGGUUGAAGGAGUUGAAGAAGUUCAUGAAUUACAUGUUUGGCAACUUGCUGGAAGCAGAAUUAUUGCCACUGCUCACAUAAAAUGUCAUGACCCUGCAGCGUACAUGCAGGUGGCUAAGAGCAUUAAAGACGUCUUUCAUAAUCACGGAAUUCACGCUACCACCAUUCAGCCCGAAUUUGCUAGCGUAGGCUCUCAAUCAAGCAUCACCCCCUGUGAGCUCGCCUGCCGAACUCAGUGUGCUUUGAAGCAAUGUUGUGGAACAACACAAAAAGCCAAUUCUGAGAAAGAGACAGAAAAGCUCCCUUCAGUUAGUAUUUCUUGUUUAGAACUCAGUGAAACACUAGAGAACAAAACAAGGACUAAAACUGAAAGCGUCUCAGCUGUCGUGCUAGAUAUUAAGAAGAAUUCCAAAAAGAAACCCGAAUCAUCUUUGUAGGGUCCAAAAAAUGUGAUGUUUGACUUUUUCAACUACAAGAGGAAGAGACUCCAAUGAAAUCCCAAGUUUGCCAAGAAGUGUAAUUGCUGAAGUCUUCAUUCUUGUCACACCGUUAGUUCUAUUUUUUAAAGAACAUAAAGGAACAGCAGAACACAGAGUUUUGUAUUACAACUUUGUGAUUAUUUGCUGGGCACAGCUAUGCUGUAACGAUUUUGGAAAGCCAGUUUUAACACUUGUUACAUUUUUUUUUGUUGUUAUGUUGAAGUAAGCAUUUACUUUGUAUAUUCUAAUGAUACUUGAUUUCAGUUUUCCCAUGGCAAAACUUAAUUAGGGGGAUUAAAUAAAUUAAAAUUUAAUUUGUUACUGGUAUUUCUUUGGCCUUUUUUUCCCUACCCCAUUCCCUCUAGUGUAGUACUUUUCGUUUGAAUCAUUUGGUCUCAUUUUUUUUUAUAUAAAACUUGAAACCAGAAAAUGUUGUUGGUUUUCUUUUCUUCGUAGACAUUUAUGAUAAACUUUAAAUGCCAUUUGAAGUUAUAGCAUAACGGUAGCAUUUUUUCGAAGAAUGUCUUAUGGACAUUAGUAGGAAAAGUUGUUACAUUCUCUUAUGUGAUAGUGGCAUUUUCUGCCCCCACAAAAGAAGCAGAUUGUGUUAAUAUUGUUUAUUAAAUUCUCUUCUACUAUAUCACUGAGUUAUAUCUGAUUAAACUAAAAAGUAAUAAAAGUAGAAAGGAUGACACAAGAGAUCUAACAGACAUAUUAUUUUAUAAAAUAAAAUAAUGGAAGAACUUUUAAAUUCUUCAAAGUAUUUCAAUUUAUGAAUAAGCACCUGUUUCUCAUUUAUUUUUUCCGAAAACUUAUAAAGGUGAUCACCAGCAUUUUUUUUUCAUUUAGAUGGAUUGAUUUGACACUUUAUAGUGAAAUUUGCCAUUGGGAGGAAACUUUACUUAGAAAUACCCCACUGUAGAAAGUAUUUUUUAACAGAUAUUCAAUACAAAUUAAGCCUUGAAGAAAAGAAUCAACAAUAAAUGUUUCAAAGAAAAGUCAUAUUUUGAAUCAAAACAUGUAUUUUUGAAAAACUGCCUAAUAUGCUGUCAAUUCCCAUGCUUUCAUUACAGCUGCCGAUCAGAAGCAUAAAAAAUAGAAAGCAAAAACAUCACAGUGCUUAAAACUUUAAAAGCAAAAUAUAUAAUUAAGGUCAGGCCCAGGUGUACCUCACCUUGAGGUGUGGAUAUUGCUCAGGUCUUUAAACUGUGGCCUAUUUAGCAUGGACACUAACAGUUAUCCACAAAAAGGUGAAUGAACUGUGACUAAAGUUGUCCAUUUCAGUUUUCCUGCAAGGGAUUUGAUGUUCAUAGAUUUCAAAGUUUUCCCAUCAAACACAAUUUUAGAAGGUGGAUUACUUUUAGCUUUGUGAAGCAGUACUUUUAUUUUAUUUUUUGCUGGGGAGGCCCAGUGCAGGAGGGGCAGAGGAAAAGAGGAGUUCUAAAUGGAACCGAUAUUGGUAAUAUCAGUUAUACACAGAGCUGUUUUGCCAAAAGCAUGUAAAAAGUCACAACUAUUUCUAAUUGGUUUUGUAGAUUGCGCCUGGGAUGACGAAUUUUGUGUUGGCAAAGAGUCAUUGUUUUAAAUUCAAAAAUUCAAAAAAAAAUGUUAAGACUUGGAAUUAGAUACCUGAUUUCUUUAUAAAUGUUUAAUCUAUUGGCAGAAAUUGUACCUUUUUUCUAACGUGCCUGUUGCUGGCAAUGGGCUUAUAAAAACGGGACCCCUUAAGAAUGGAGUGAGGUGUACUUAGAUAAUAGUGUGGGAGUGUAGCGGGGAGGGGGGACAGGGGGAAGGUGAGUGUGAGUGUAUGUAUACCUUCAUGUUUUCUCAAAUGGGCCAAAACCAGAACCUGAAAUUUGCAAUAUAGCCUGAUGUUUUGAUGCUGCAUAGUGAAGAUUGUGAAAUGGAAUCUUCAGAAUUCAAUCCAAAACAUCUUUUGAGGUCUAUGUGACAAUUUUAAGUAUGAAUUGUAGAAGUUCUAUUAUUUGCUGAAACCAGAAGGAGAAGGUGGCUAAUUGCACUGCAUUUUGGGCAUUUCUGACUUUACAUUUUAUGAAGAAAUAGGCCUCUCUGUUAAUGCAUACAUUUUUAGUAAUGAUAUCACACAAUAACCUUACUGACUAUUUACACCCAAGAGAAGUUUCCUUUUAGAAACUUAAAAGUGGUUACAAUGCAGAAGUAAAAUGUGUUCAUGUGAAUGAGGAUUUAAAAUGGUAUUUAAGCACAGGAAAAGGGCUAUGUGUUUCUUAAAGUACAAAAAUGAGCUUCAAAGUUGGUUAUUCUUUUCAUAACUCAUUUUUAAGUAACUUUUAUAAUGUAUUCAUCUAGGGGAACCAUAGGGUUUCCUCUUCAAAAUAGUUUCUCAUUUAUAACAAAGUAAUGGGCACUGUCGACCCAGAAGUUUUUAUUGGAGAAAUAAUGUUUCUCUCUUCUAAGCACUUUCUAAUCCAUAUUUCUCUAUAAAGAGUAAGAAAAUCACGUUUUUAUAUGUAAACUUCUUGGGAUUUAGUUUUCUUGAAGGGAAGUGGGUAAAUGCACCUAAACUUUAGGGCAUCUAAAUAUCUUAAAAUUUUAAAGAGCCUGUUUUAGAAUGCUGCAUCAGUUAUGUAGCCUUAUUGCUCUCCAACUGGCUUUUAUUUAGUAUUCAAGAUUAGCAAUUUAUGGCCUAGAAGCUUAUAAUUUCACUUAUGUAGAGGAGAGGGGUGAGAGUUGGGAAGUUGUGCUGUUUUAUGCCUACGAUAAAAAUGGUCCGGAAAAAAAAAAUUCCCCAAAUACAGCCUUAAUGAUGGUAGAUUUGAAUCUCCACAGUUGGAGUACUCACUUGUAGAAAGAUGUAAACGAGAGAAUAUUUAGUUUAGAGUAUGUAUGUGAAUAUUUAGAAAACCAUAUGCUAUACCUCUGAGAUUGGCAGUUUGGGUGGGAGUGUUUUCUUUUUCCAUGAGGGUCCCAUGGAUAAUCAGUGAAAGAAGAGGAUGUAUCAGUGUACUGGAAGAGAAUGAAAUUUUCGUCUUUGUGUGGGGUCUUGUUUUUAGUUUUUGAACAACCCCAACUCAAUCAGUAUUAAUAUAUUUUUUAUUUUUUGAAAAUUAGAUCCCUGAGAAUGUUAAAAUUAACCUUGGAGUGAAUUGUAGAAUAUUUGGUAGGUGUUGAGGUUUUAAUGCUUGCUACAUGUUGACAUUUUCUGAAAGCUAUAAAUAUGAUCUUUAUCUGCUGUUGAUGUUUUCACACAGAGCAUGAAAAAAAAACAAAUAUGGAGAGUGACUUGGUAAACCUAUUGAUUCUCUUCACAAUGUAGAAAUAUUGAUAUUAAUGCUGUACUUCAGUAACAUUGGUGAGUCAUGAAACAUUGUUAAAACUAUAGAGGAGAAGGGGAGAGGAAAACCCAGUAUUCUUUUCAGUUUCUAACAUACUAUUGAGUCCAUUAUGUAGUGUUUGACCAUUUCUCAACGAGGAGUUUUAAUAGUGCCAUUUUAACGUAGCAUUACAGAAGUUGUGUGGCUAUGCUAUUUCAUUUUACUGUCAAAGGCUGAAAUAUUUAGCAAUCCUUUCUCAUUGGCACAAGGGGCCUUUUGUGUAUACUUCUAUUUAAACUUUUAAACCAAAAAUUUUGUAGUCCUGUGUCUCUGACAAAAAGAUUCUAAAGGGAACGUAGCAUACAAUGAAUAGAUGUGAUUGUACCUGAAAAGCUCUAAACACAGAAAUGGCCAUGUUUUGGGUCUGCCUUGAUCAGCACAAUAAAAUGUGUGCUGUGAUUCUUCACGGACCUUUCUUCCAUUCAUGUGGUUCUGGUGUCUGCUAUUGCCAUCUCUCUGGGCAGAAUGUGGUGCAAUGUUAUGCAGUUGUCAUCUUGCUGAAAGCAGAUACAAAUGUCUUUUCUGUUUUACAUUAAAUUAUUUGUUCUUUGUAUGUUUGUACAUUGUUUUCCAAAGUUAUUCCUACCUCAUCAUGAGGUUUUAUGGAUUGUAUUAUAUUAUAAAUGUUCUACAUGA